AUGAAGGAUGAAUGCAAAUUUUCAAUAUAUCAAUUAUCCACAUUAAUUGAUGACUUACCCAUAUAUGAAUACACUGCCAUUGAUUUAUUUGACAACCAUAUAUUUUUAGGAACGGCUACUGGUGAAUUAUUACACUAUUUUGAGAUACAACCAUCCAACUAUUUAUUAGUUUCAAAUACAAAAUAUUUAGAAGAAGAAGAAGAACAAGGAAAAGAACAAGAAAAUGAAUCUUCUAGCAAUACACCAAUCAUUAAAAUAAAAGUUAUGCCACUAAUCGAAAGAGCAUGGGUUUUAAAUGGAAAUGGCCAAUUGAAACUUUAUAUUCUACCUGAAUUUGCACCAGUACCUAAUACUGAGGUUUUAAAAAAUGUUAAUGAUAUUUCAAUCUAUAAGAAUACUUUCCAUAUGUAUAAAACAUUAAUUUUGGCCAAAAAUAGUGUUUCGGAAGAAAGUUAUUACAAAUUAAUUGAAUGUGUAGUGGACAAGAGGUCAAUGCGCUUGACAGAUUUUGAAAUUAGACUUGGACAUGCUAGUAACAAUAAUACGAACCCGAUGAUUAAAAAUUUUAUUUUACAGAAAAACACUUUAUUGACUGUUACUAAGAAUAACUAUGUUAUCCUAGAGCUUUCACUGGGUAAGGAAAACAAUAAAAUAAUUAAAAAAAUGCCAUUAUUCAAAGUUUUUGAGGGGAACACAGAUAAUGGUAAGGAUGCGGAUGACGUUUGUUCUAAUAAACAUAUCCUAACAUCAUUUAGUAGUUCCGAGUUUUUAGUUGCUUGUGGAUCUACACUAGAAGAUUCAGCAAUGGCACUAAUAAUUGACAACCAGGGAAAUAUCACUAAAGGCACCAUUGUUUUAGAGUCUGGGUACCCAAACGAAAUGUUAGUUGACGAUUCACAGUCAUUUGUAAUAGCAAAUUACCAGAGUGAAAAAAAUUUAGAAAUAUAUGAUAUGAAUAUAGGGUGGGGUCAACCAAAACUUGUACAGACUAUAAGUUUCGAUAAGGAAACAGCACGGGAUAAUAAAGUCAAACUAUUUAAAUCUUCACAUCAAACGUUCAACGAUACUGAUAGCAAAAAUAACAAUAAUAAGAAACUUGCCACUGAAAGAUUAAGGUUGGUCCCCAUAAAUUUAAGCUCCAACAAUACGGUGAAUAAAAUCAGAAUAGACCAAGAAAAAAUAUAUAUAGAACAAAACUAUGAAAAUGUUUCCAAUAUUCUAGUUUAUGGUAAAGGUAAAAUAGAUGUUCUUUAUAAAACCUCCAUGGUGCUAGAAUACAACGAUUAUGAUGAGGAGCUACUUUAUAAAUUAGAGAAUAUUUUGGCAAGCAAAUAUGCAAAAACAACAAAGUUUUAUAAAAUACAGUUAGGCUAUUUGCAAACUCUAUAUUUGUUGUUACUUUUGUUACAUAAGGAAAAAAUCGAUUUAGAAGUUCAAAAAGAGUGGAUUGCAUAUAGUGGGAAAGUAGAUUUACGUAUUUUCUUUUAUAUAUUAGGUUUCAAGAUUUAUGGUGACUUGUGGGUCUACAACGGGUUGACAGAUAUUAUAGAGAAAUUGAAGAUUUUAAAGCUUAUUCACAAAAUCCCGGAUGUUAUAACUUUAUUUGGCAACUUUGCAUCGAACACUUUGAGUUGUGAGUUUUCUAAAGAUAUAAAAGAUGUAUCAAAUGUUAUUAAGACUGUAAACAUUGCAUAUUUAAAAGUUUAUUUGGGAAAUAGCGGCAGCCCUGCCUACUCACCUGAGAUGGUGUUAGACAAUUUAAAUUUAGAAAUUUCUUCGCAAGAAAUAAUAGAUUUCCUAGAAAAUUAUUCUGAUGAAAAUGAGAGUAAAAAUAUUAUCAUCACUAGUGUCUUCCUGAGGACUAAGCAGUAUGGAAAAUACUUGGCUUUUUUGAAAACUAUAAAUGAUUCCGAGUCUAUCUUUAGUUUUUUGUCACAAAAUUGGGAAUUGUUUUCUGACCUCGAUCUAAAAAUUGAUUAUUUAAUAUUUGCCAUUGAACAUACUAAAAUGAAUGAUAAUGGUGACAACCCACUUUUGAAAGCAACAGUUAAUUUGAUUGAAACCCAAAAUCUUAGUUUGAAGGAUGUUAUAAGGAAAAUAAAUAAUAACGAGAUUAAAGUUAGUUUAAUUGAAAGUCAAAUUUCCAAAAAUAUUCAAGAAACAGACAGGCAAUUCUUAAUGAACUAUUAUAUUGAAAGGUUAAGUACGUUGCUUUUUGCUAGCUCUGAUAAAUCAUGCAUGUUGUUUAUUCAAAAGUACCAAGAAAGUUAUCUUAAUAAUCCAGAGUUUGAAAAACCAAACUUUAGCAAAUAUAUGCUUUCAAGGCUUGAAAUCACAGGUAAUGAGGAUGACAUAGUAAAAAACUUUUUGAAACUACACGAAAAAUUAUGUAAGUUGAUGGAUCAAGAUAAAGAAAUUUUGUACCCUAUUUUAAUUAAUAAAUUUCAAGAUUUAACACCCAUACUAUUUUUAUUCAUUACUGACAAUGAUGAUAGGGUCAAAUAUUUAAAGGAUAAAAGCUUAAUAUUAAAUACUCUGUUAUCAUUGAAUGAUUUCGAAACGAUCAACCGAUAUUGGAUUAACAAAGAAACUAUACUAGUUAUUUUAGAUCACUAUUUAAAGUUAUCUUCGUCUUUAUCAUGGACACGUAGCGUCACACAAAAAUUCAUAGAAAAGAAUAUCGCUAGAUUUAAAGAUUUAACGCUAAUUUAUGAAAUUUUAUUGAAAAUCCCUGAAAAUUACCAAAUGAAUACGAUUGCCUCUAUCUUAUAUUACAGUUUCUCUCAGUUGAACUUUCAAUUAGAACAUUCAGAGUUGCAAAAACGAUUGGUGAAAAAGCAACUAAUAGAUAAAAAAGAAUUAAAUAAGAAAUUAAGAAAAUAG